GCCCACUCCUGCCUUCAGAAACACAAGACUUUAAGGUCACACUAAGCCACCAUGCAUUUGUUUGCUGAAGCCACUACUAACUUUACACUUGAGAUGUACAGGCAGCUCAGAAAAUCAAAGGACAACAUCUUCUAUUCCCCAGUCAGCAUGAUGACAGCACUAGCCAUGCUCCAGCUUGGAGCCAAAGGAAACACUGAACAACAAAUUGAGAAGGUUCUUCAACUCAAUGAAACCACCAAGAAGACAACCAAAAAAUCUUCAGACAGUCAUGAUGAAGAAAAUGUCCAUGAACAAUUUCAAAAGCUUAUGACUCAAUUAAACAAAUCCAAUGAUGCUUAUGACCUGAAGGCUCCCAACAGUAUCUAUGGAGAAAAGCGUUUCCAAUUUUUCCAGACAUUUUUGGAAGACAUUAAGGAAUAUUACCAAGCUAACGUGGAAUCACUUGAUUUUGUACAUGCUGCAGAAGAAAGCCAAAAGAAGAUUAAUUCCUGGGUGGAAAGGCAAACAAAUGGAAAAAUCAAAGACUUAUUUCCUAGUGGGAGCCUGAGCAGUAGCACUAUACUGGUUCUGGUGAACGCAGUGUAUUUCAAAGGACAAUGGAAUCACAAAUUUGAUGAAAAGAAUACCACAGAAGAAAAGUUUUGGCUGAACGAGAAUACAAGUAAACCUGUCCAGAUGAUGAAACAAAGAAACAAAUUUAACAUCAACUCUCUGGGGCAUGUGGCGGCAAAGAGUUUGGAAAUACCAUAUGAAGGCAAAGAGCUAAGUAUGUGCAUCCUGCUGCCAGUGGAAAUUGAUGGUCUGAAGAAGCUUGAAGAACAACUCACUGCUGACAAGUUGCUAGAGUGGACGAACCCAGAGAACAUGCACAUGACCGACGUGUAUUUAUCUUUACCUCGGUUCAAGCUGGAAGAGAAGUAUGACCUCCCAGGUCCAUUGGAACACAUGGGGAUGGUCGACACCUUCAAUCCACAGAAGGCUGACUUCUCAGGCAUGAGCAGCACUCAAGGUCUCGUGGUGUCUAAUGUUUUACACAAGUCCUUUGUGGAGGUAAAUGAAGAGGGGACAGAAGCUGCUGCUGCCACAGGGGUGGAAGUCAGUGUAACAUCAGCGCAGAUAACAGAUGUAUGUUGUGAUCACCCUUUCAUAUUCGUCAUCAGGCAUAACAAGACCAACAGCAUCCUCUUCUUUGGCAGAAUGUCUUCCCCUUAA